AUGGCAACCGAAUGGUCACUGGACUUCUGCCUGGUCUGCGACCAGCAGAUUUCAGGAGGAGGAGCGUAUUGCUCUCAAGGUUGUCGACUGGCCGACUUGGACCAACAUGCUUCCGAUUCUGUAUCUAGCUACUCGGCAUCAGUGUCCGCGAAAUCGACAAUGCAGCCGAAAGCGAAUAUUUCCAUGCUCAAAGGAAGACCUUCAAUCCACCACAGCUCUUCUUCUUCUUCCUCCUCAUCUUCUUCGAACUCUCAAGAGCAAUCCUCAAGCCUCACUUCGACCUCGUCCCAAACCUCCCUUUCGUCGCUUACAGGUACACUCUCGCCAUCCGUGGCACUGUCAAACCAGGUCCGUCAUGAAUUGCAGGACUAUACAAAGUGUUUUGACCCGGUCCGGGACUGGAAGAGACGGUUGACAAACUCAUGA